AUGACAAGCAGAUACUAUUUUCUAUUAAGAUUGUCUCUUAUUGCUUCACAUAAUGAUCCAAACACGGACUUAGUGUUAGCAAAUAGUGGAAUGAAUCUUGGUAUAGAUAAUUCACUUGACAGAAGAAUAUUGAGUGAUACUGCCAACUAUAAUAAUAUUAUUGGAAGUGAUCCUGAAUUAGAAAAAAAUGCUAGAAAUAUGAAGAGCUAUUUGAAUAUGUUCAGAACUACAAACAAUCCAACGGUUGAAGAAUGGGUAAAUAUCAAAAAUCUUGCUGUGAGUGCAGUCAGGGGAGAUUGCGCUUCAACAGACAAGCUCUUUGAAAACCAUGUCAUUCCGAGAGAAGAAUAUGACAAUUUGAUUAAGAGAUGUGGAAGACCAGGAAUUAAUCAAAAAAUUGAAGGGCAUCUUCAAUUAAUGCGGGCACAAGAAAAAGCUGGUGAUACAAUGGCACAUGCAAAUAUGAACCAUCUGAGAGACCAUGAAGUCGCGCGUGAACUGAGUCAAAAGAAUGGAGAGGUAUACUUCCCCGGAGAUUUCGCAAAUCAAAUGCGCACAGGAGAAGUUUUGGAUCAUGGAAUACGUAAUAUGGAUGCUGGCAAGGGAGCACACGAUGCUAUUUUUGCUGAUCCAUCUAUUAAGCGAGAUGCUGUGAACUAUUUAAAUAAAGAUUAUGAGCCUCUUAAGAACAAACUAGAGCUUAUUGGAACACCUUUUGCCAGGGAAACUGUUGAUAGGAUGGACAGAACUAGGAAGAUUGCAGAAGAUGUCGUACAAGGUGUACCUGGCGCGGCUGAAAAAUUUCUUGAAGCACAGGCUAGUAAUAAUCGGUUCAAGGACCGUGCACUUGAACACGAAGGUAUGGAUGCAGCUGUUAGAGAUGCUUUGACCUUUACAAGUGAAACCGAUGAUCUAGGUUCGGUACGCCUUGGUCCACAUGAAACACCACAGGGCAGUCGUAUUCCAGUACCACCACGUCCAGCAGGCAUUCCACGAGCUAGUAAAGUUGAUAGUUUUGCUGAUAGUGUCUUUGAUGAAGAGAUUCGCAAAGGACGGCCAGAAGAAGAGGCAAUAUUAAAUUCAAAAGUGGCAAAAGUGGCUGCAAGUGAAUAUGAAAAUAAUUUAGCACAUGGUAUGAGCAAACCUGCAAGUCUUGAUGCGGCAGUUGCUAAUACAGCGCGUAUCACUGGCAGAGCUGUACCAGAGAAGGUUGCAAGAGCACUUGAAGGUUAUAGUUAUGCUAAUGAAGAUGAUAUGGAAUCUUAUUUACCUAAAGCACUUGAGAUAAAAGAUCUAAAAGAGACUGAAAAUGCACUUUUGAAAGAGGCUGACAUGUUGAACCGUGCUGCUGACAAACAUGAUGGCGGAAGACAACGUAUGGCGAAAGAACUGAAACUUAUGGAUCGUUUAGACCAACUUGAAAAGGAGAACUUGCCACCAGAACAAAAGAGGGAACUUGCUAAACUUUUGGAGAAAAAAGAUCAAUAUGAAGCAUCAUUAGUGAUGGAUCAAGAUAAGAAGCUUAAGCAUCCUACUAGUUUGAAAGACUUGACGGAAAUUAAAAAUGAAUUUGAUGAUAUUAGGGAGAGAAAUAAAAGAAUUGUUGCAGAUGAGAGAAGAGAAAGAGCCAAUGCUGAACUUCAUGCUAUGCAAGAUUAUACUGAUCAUCCAACACAUAAUAAACCUCUUGAGCUCAUUAAUUCCGAAAAUAUACUUAGUGAUGAGAAAAAAGAGGCAAGAUUAGCUGAAGAACAGUUGGCAAAAGAAGCUGAAGAGGAGGAAAUCAUGGAGGCUGGAUCAAUUGCAGCACAAAACGUAAAAAGAUUGGGAGGAAGUGAUGCAGAGGCCGCCGCCGAAGCAGAUCGAGCCGAGAGAAUGAAAAGAAAGUUGAUUGAGAUGGAAAAGCAAAAAGAGCUAGAAGCAUCAAAGAUGUGCUUUCACCACAGGUAG